AUGGUUAGAUCAAGACGAGAUAGUGAAGAUGAUGAGGAAGCCAGUUAUGAGGAAUCCGAUGGGGUUGAACAUUCCGACUUUGAUGAAGGGGAUGUUGAUGUCCAACCAGAGCAACAAGAACAACAACCACAACAAGAACAACAACCACAACAGGAGACUCGUAAAAGGCAAAGACUUUCAUUAAAUCAAAUGAGACAAAUAGGAAACCAAGAAGAAAUUCAACCAAUAAUUCCACCAGAAACUGUCGAAACUGAUCAACCAUAUAGUGAGGGGACUCCUGAAACUCUGGGGGUUUUUGAAGAAACUGUACUGAAAGCUGUUAGAAACGUAAUAAUGAAAUCUUCCACUGAUAAAGGUAUACGAAGACUGAAUCUCACCUCAAUCUCAAGAGGGUCUGUGUUGAAUGAUAUAAUUAAAAGUGCCAACCAAUCACUUAGUCAUACUUUCGGUUUACACUUAGCAGAAUCUGCAGAUGUGAAGGGUAAAUAUUAUCUCAAAAGUUGUUUGACAGUGAAAGAAAAAGAUAUACUCGAUAAAUUAUGGCCAAAUACUAAAAAUGUACAACAGCAAAAUGGUAGAAACAUAAAUAGUGAAGAAUAUUUCCUUUCCAAAUAUCAACAUAAUCAAUUACCUAGUGAUAAUUAUGAAUUGGUUAAAACUGGUUUAUUAUCGAUAAUAUUAGCAGUAUUAAUCAUUGAAAAUAAUCAUAUCAGUAAAUAUGAAAUCACCAAAACUAUGAAAAAUUUUGGUGUUGCAAGUGAUUUGAAUAAAACCAAUUCCAAUUUCAAUUCUAAUCUUGAAUCAUUGAUAACAGAAUUCGAACGGAAAGAAUAUAUCAAAAAGGAAAAUAUAGGGAAUAAGACUACCAAUGGAGCGAUUGCCAAUGUUCAAGAUGACCAUUAUAUCUAUUAUAAUAUAGGAGAUAGAGCAUUGGCUGAAUUCACACCUGAAUCAUUCUAUAGACUAAUCAAAACGGUUUAUGGAAAGGAAUUUAAUUCAACUGUAUCUAAAAAGGCAAUCUAUACCAUUCAUGCCACCUUUAAAAUUCCGCUUGAACAGUUAAAUUUUGAAUCCGGAGUUACUGAUAGUGUAGAUGAUAGAGAAUCCGCUCAAGGCAUUGCCGAUGCUCAAUCACCAUCACAACCACCAGACGAUGAAGGAGAAAGUAAUGUCAAAGCUGAAAUGAAUGAUUUGUAA